AUAUAUAUACACACACACACACACACACAUACGUAUAUACGAAGUAGAUAUAUACAUGCAAUUUUCAAACCCAGCGAUAUACUAUAAAUAAAGCUUCGAAACCACUCUAAAAACCUUCCCCUUCGUGAGACGAAUCCAACGGAGAAAGAAUCGUGGAAAAAGGACGUCGGAGUAGGGAGAAAUAGCUCGCCGGAGUUUCGCCGGGGAAAACUUUCACGACGGAAAACGGAGAAGAAAGAGGAGCCGCCGCUGCCGCCAACCCACCACCAAUCUUCGCCGUCCCAGAAGGAGCGCACCGCCGUUGUUCACCGCCAGUAGAGGUGCUCAUUUAGAGACCGGAACUGAAGAAGAGAAUUAGGAGCAUCGGGAUUUAAGGAGACUUUGUGAUGGAUCGUCGUUCGAUAAUGGCCAUAGCCAAGGCCAAGGCGGCCGAGGAGCUGGCUGCGAAGGCGGCCGAGGCGGCGAGGCGUGCCGCGGCCGAGGGAGGCGAGGCUGCUGCUGGUGUGGUCCCGAAGCCUGCCCAAUCAAAGAAGAAAUGGCCUCCCACUGAUGGCCAGAAGAAGCUGACCGAGGCUGGUCUGAAUCUCGCCAAGAAGACGAAGAGGGUGCCGUCUCCUUCCCUUGCCGAUGAGGUCGGCGUUCUGACCGUCCCAAACAUGGACGAUGGUGGUUCUGGCAAUGCUGUCGCCGUUGUGGAUCUUACCGCUGCUCCUUCCAGUGCCGUUGCUCAACCGCUCCCUCUCGGCCAGGAGACUCGGACGAAAUGGGCUGGCAAGGAGAUUGCCACUGCCACUUACCAGAAAGUGGUGGAGUACCCCGUUGGCGGGGGUGUCUUUGAUGAUGGCGUUGACGGCCAUGAUGUGCUUGCCUAGGCCAUGCCGGCCAAGGAUCGGGGCUACCUCAACAAGCUCAGGGAUGUCAAGAUCCAUGAAGGCGGGAUGGACCUCAUCGUCCAAGGUGCCUUUAUGCUCAUGGAGAGCAACAAAAGGCAACAACAGGAGAUUGCUCGCCUGAAGGAGCUCGAGCGAAAGGCUGCCUCGGCCGAUGAGGCGAUGGCCUGCUUGGAUCGGCUUCGAGAGGAUGCCAAAGCUCUGCAGAAGAGAGCCGAUGAGGCUGCUGCAGCCAAGGACGAUGCCCUGGCCAAGCUUGCGGAGAGCCAGAGGGCACUUGAGGUGGAGCGGCACAGGACUGAUGAGGCCGUGAAGGCUAAGAUUGAGGCCGAGGCUGCCGCUGUGAAGGCCGCUGAUGAGGCCGUCCAACAAUUCCUGGCCGAGGGCUGGAAGGCCGACGAGCGGCUCCCCUGGUGCUAUGAAGUUGUGGCCGCCAAGCUCGAGGAUUGGGGAAUGAACUCCCCCGCCGGCCAGGAGUACUUUCAAAG